GCCGCCGGGGAGGCUCCGAGGCCCGGCCCCGCUCCCCGCUCGGUUCUCGCGGAGCCGGGGCGGAGCCGCGGGCCGGGCCGGGCCGACAACAUGGCGGAGGCGGAGGGGGAGAGCCUGGAGUCGUGGCUGAAUAAAGCCACUAACCCAUCUAACAGGCAAGAAGACUGGGAAUACAUCAUUGGAUUCUGUGACCAGAUCAAUAAAGAGCUUGAAGGGCCACAGAUAGCUGUGAGACUCCUGGCUCACAAGAUCCAGUCGCCGCAGGAAUGGGAGGCAGUCCAAGCCUUGACAGUGCUGGAAGCUUGUAUGAAGAAUUGUGGGAGAAGAUUUCAUAAUGAAGUAGGAAAGUUUCGCUUUUUGAAUGAGUUAAUAAAGGUUGUGUCUCCAAAGUACCUGGGAGAUCGGGUCUCGGAAAAGGUGAAGACCAAAGUGAUUGAAUUGCUGUAUAGCUGGACAGUGGCGCUGCCAGAAGAAUCCAAAAUCAAGGAUGCCUACUACAUGCUGAAACGACAAGGGAUUGUUAUGUUUGAUCCUGUGAUUCCUGUGGACAAAACCUUGAUUCCUUCUCCACCGCCUCGUCCCAAAAACCCUGUGUUUGAUGAUGAGGAGAAAUCCAAGCUUCUGGCCAAACUGCUGAAAAGCAAAAACCCAGAUGAUUUACAAGAGGCAAACAAGCUUAUAAAAUCCAUGGUAAAAGAGGAUGAGGCUCGGAUUCAAAAAGUGACAAAGCGCAUGCACACACUGGAAGAAGUAAAUAACAACGUAAAACUGCUGAAUGAGAUGUUGGUUCAUUACAGCAAAGAGGAGUCAUCAGAGGCAGACAGAGAGCUCAUGAAGGAGCUCUACGAAAGGUGCGAAACCAAAAGACGGACGCUGUUCAAGCUAGCCAGCGAGACAGAGGAUAAUGACAGCAGCUUGGGGGAUAUUCUGCAGGCCAGUGACAACUUAUCCCGUGUGAUAAAUUCCUAUAAAAAAAUAAUAGAGGGGCAAGUGAUCAAUGGUGAAGUGGAUCUCCCUGUGACAUCAGCAGUGGAAGGGAGUAACUCCACGAGUAACCUCAACACCCUCAUUGACCUUGCUGGAUUGGACGUCUCUGGCACGCCGCCGCCUCCGAUGCCACCCACCACCCUGACGCCAGCCCCCCCGGCAGCCCCAGCCCCAGCAGAAAUCCCCAUCCUCCCGCCUCCUCCACAGGCGUUUGCGCAGUUGCGGAGCAGUUCCUUGAGCCAAGUGGAAGCUGCACCUGCUCAGCAGAGCAGCACUGCCAACUCCCUUUCCUUGCUGGAUGAGGAGCUUCUGUGCUUAGGCCUGAAUGACCCAGCCCCUGCAGCAGUGAAGGAGACACCAGAAAACAACCAAUGGAGCAUGUUUGAGAAUGACCAAUUGGACCUGGAUUUCUUUAAUCCGAAGAUGGUGACUGUUGCUUGCAACCCUGCAGGGAACCCUCUUCUACAUCACACAUCCCAGACCACAUGUGGAACGUCAGUGCCGCUGCCUUCUGCUUUCACAGCCUCUCAGACUGCUUCCAGCAUCCCUGCACCAAUCUCCACACCAUUUGCAUUCUCUGCUGGACCAGCUGCACCUGUGGGGCCUCCCAAGACUGUUCUAGCUGCUCCUGGGUACUUCAGCUCAUCUGUGGGGAGCAAUAUGUCGCAUAAGAUAGAUACGUUAGGACAACUUCUUGAAGAAGCCAAAGGGACUGCCACCCAAGGCAUGGCAACUCCCUCAGUGUUCCCUGGGGUUACUUUGCCAGCCCCUGUCACCUCUUCUCCAUUAAUAGCACCUGCAGGGCUGCCCAUCACUGCCCCGGGAGCCCCUCCAAUUCCUUUCUCAAGCAGCUGCACUGCUGGCUCAGGGAGCCCUCUCUUCCAGCCAGCAUCAUUCCAGCAGCAAGGCAGUCCCAUGAAGGCACCUGAAAUUUCUUUGGCCAAUGUCCACGUUCCCUUGGAAUCCAUUAAACCUAGCAGCGCCCUCCCAGUGACGGCCUAUGACAAGAACGGCUUCCGGAUCCUCUUGCACUUUGCCAGGGAGUGCCCACCAGGACGGUCGGAUGUGCUGGUUGUGGUAGUCUCAAUGCUGAACACGGCGCUUCCUGUGAAGAACAUAGUGCUGCAGGCUGCUGUUCCUAAGUCCAUGAAAGUGAAGUUACAACCACCCUCUGGCACAGAGCUGUCACCAUUCAAUCCCAUCCGCCACCUGCUGCCAUCACCCAAGUCAGCUUCUGCAAAUCCUACGAAGGAGAAAGUGAGGCUGAGGUACAGACUGUCCUUCACACUGGGAGACCAGCCCAGCACAGAGGUUGGCGAAGUGGAUCAGUUUCCCCCAGUAGAGCAGUGGGGGAAUCUAUGACCUUAGGACACUGCCAGAGACUCUGUGACAGGACCAGGAAAGGAUCCCACAGGACUGGAAUGAAUGUGACGUGGGGAGGGACACACAUGCUAUCCACUGGUGAUGUUCAGCUUUGUUUACAUGUCCUGACCACUCUGCUUGUAGCUUUAGUCCAGAAUGUUUUACCCCACGCUGAAGGGGUCCUGGGACAUUUAUGCCAAGCAUGAACUGAACGGCAGCCAGUGCUGGUUGCUUUUAUCUUGGCCUCUGGGUGAAUCUGGUUCUAUCUUUCCACUCUAUUAAACUUGAAGUUAUUGUAUUUUGAGGGGAGACCUGUCAACAGAAGGGGAUUUAGUUGGCGUGUUCCUGUACUGCUGUCCAGAGAUACCUGCAGGCUGGUGGGGUAAUGAUGCCACCUUGAGCUUUCUCAGUGCAGAGCCCUUACACGUGCCCUCACUUGGACUUGUACCGCCUCAGUGCCAGACUGGACCCGCUAAGCAUGUUAAGCAAUAAUGCUGGCUCCGUGAGGGAACGCUUCUUUUUUACACUGAAAUGGCACUUAGCUCCCUUCCUCCCCUCCUCUGCUUCAUUCCCGACAGUCGAUGUAAGCAGGCCCUAGCUCUGUGUUGCGACACUGCUGUACCUUUAGUUAAGAUACUUAUUUUAGAGUGCUAGCUGCCUCCCUUGUAUCCAUUUCGGGCAGCUGGGGCUGUUUUGUAUGCAAACGGCUACACCGGUUAUUUUUCUGCCUUCAUUGCAUUCCAUAGCGUGGGGGAAAGAGGAGACGUGCGGUGAGGAGGUACGCCCAUGGGGGCUGGGAAGCAGUUGUCAGCAUUGGUGGAGGACAGCACCUGGCGUGCAGAAGUGUCCUUACAGCCGCUAAUCAGGUGCAGUGACUGAAUCCAGGGAUAAGGGGAGGUGCCCUCGGGUCCCCUCAUGCAGGCAGUAUUAUGGUGUUGUUGAAUACCGUGUUGUACUGAGAGGAGUACGGUGAAACACAAGAUGUAAAUAGUAGAGCUCGAGGAUGGCUGAACAGAACCAAGCAGUGAAAGGAAAUAAGGCUCCACGGGGCUGUGAUGGUGCAUGUGCUGGGCUUAACGCCUUGUUUUAUUUGUUCCCUCUAUGAAGUGGCUAAGUGCAAUCAUCUCCACAAAGUGGAAAGCAGUUUUACCAUGACGUUAGUGUUCUGUGCUAAUGGGGCAGAGGAGCUGAGCCCUCCAGGUACAGUCACACAAACUAGGUUUAAAUUAGUGAAACUUUGAUUCCAGCAGUCCCUUCCUCCUCUUCAAUUUCCAGUCUCGAGUAGUGCCUCAACUAGGUUUGAGACAGACUGUUUUAGAUGAAUGUUGUUUGUUGUGUUUUUUUUUAAACAUCCAUUGACAAAAGCACAGGGCAGGUCCUUAGACGCUAAGCUCAGCAUUUCUGGCAGUGCAGUUGAACAUCAGCUUUUAACUAUGGAUAGGAGCAGUCACCUAAAGUGCUGAGAAAAAGUGUACACAGGAGGACCCCUGCUGUUGUAGGAAGAAAACUCCAGAGAAAGUGCUGCUGGAAUUAAUGGAGGCUGUAAAACCCAUUAUUGCAAAUACAGCUUGGAGUUAUUUAUACUUUCAUUACUGUGAUAAGAGGUAAAAUCAUUAGAGGUGAAAAACUCAGCAGAUCAAAGGCCUGAGGCCUUAAUCAGAGGCACCAGGCAGUUGUGGGAGGAAUCAAAGCUUGGCCAAGGAUCUUGCCGUAAAUUCCUGGUCUGAAUCCCUGACAGAGAAGGCAGGCAAGAAGGAUGGCUACAUCUCUGAGAUUCUUAAAGAAAGCAGCAAUUUUAAACUGAUGGACUAGGAUGGGGGACAAAGAGAAUUCUUUCUGCCUCAGACAAGUUCUUGCCAGCACUUUAGACACAGUAGGCAUAGGGAUAGUGUUUAGGUCACUUAAAUCUGCCCAGGUGCUGUAGUGUGUCCUGAGGAAGCAGGUUUCACUGCUUUAGAUGCCUACACGUGAAUCUCACUGUGACUUUGAGGAAGUCAGAAGAGCACAAGUGCUUUCUGCAGAAUGGCUUUGUUCUCAGUGUUAACGGCAGUGCGUUGCCUGUGCUGUAAAGCCAAAUGGAAAGAUGCCAUAGUCUUACUGCGUGGAAAUGCAUUGUUACAAGCUUUGGAAAUUAAACUAUGAAUGUCCCUUGUCUGUAGGUUGAGGUUCCUGCUUCAUACCGAACAGCCGUUACUGUAAAUACAUCUCAAAUGCAUUUGUCCUGCUGCAUGUUAAAUAAAUUGUUUUCCCUA